AUGUGGGCUGACUCGGGAAGGAUUUGGGUUGGAAUCAAGGGCUCAGGAUGCAUGAGGGGAGGUGAACACAUGUUGCUGGCACCUGCCUGCAACGACCUACAGGCCACAAGAAUGGGUCACAACACUGCAGCCACAGUCACCUUGCAGGUAUAA